CAAAGCUAAUGAUUUUUUAAGAAUCUCUCUCUUCUCUCUCUCUCCCUGCAUAGCUUUUAUAUUUUGUCAUCUUGUAUGUAAAAGACUAUACCUUUUUGCUUAGAGUAUUAAUCCCAUUAGGAUGAUGGGAACUGGGUUCAUAUCUAUCUGGUUUCUUCCUCUGUUUUCUUUACUGGUUUUUGGUAUCUCUUCUGCCCAUUUCAUUCCAAUAAGAUUUCCUACUCCAAUCGCUCAGUUUCAGGCAGAGAAGGACUCUGUUUCUUCCCCAACUGGGCUUUACAAAGAGAAGUUCUUCACUCAAAUACUUGAUCACUUCAAUUUCAAUCCCCAGAGCUACCAAACAUUUCAGCAGAGAUAUUUGAUCAAUGAUACAUUUUGGGGAGGCCCAAAGAAGAAUGCUCCAAUCUUCUUGUACACUGGAAAUGAAGGAGAGAUUGAAUGGUUUGCUCAAAACACAGGAUUCAUGUAUGACAAUGCACCUCGCUUCAAAGCCCUAAUUGUCUUUAUUGAGCAUAGGUACUAUGGAAAAUCUAUACCUUUUGGAGGUAAUGAAGAUGUUGCUAAAAGCAAUGCAAGUACACUUGGUUACCUGAGUUCAACUCAGGCACUGGCUGAUUAUGCCACUCUCAUCACUCAUCUAAAGAACAAUUUGUCUGCAACUGACUCCCCUGUGGUGGUUUUUGGAGGCUCCUAUGGAGGAAUGCUGGCUGCUUGGUUCAGGCUGAAAUAUCCUCAUGUUGCCAUCGGAGCCUUGGCUUCUUCUGCUCCAAUUCUUGGCUUUGUGAACUUGACUUCUCCAUAUAGCUUCAGCAAAAUCAUCACCCAAGAUUUUAGAAGUGAGAGUGAGAAUUGCUACAAAGUCCUAAAAGGAUCAUGGCAACAAAUUGAAGACACAGCAAGUCAAAAUGGAGGACUUGAAAAACUGCGCAACUCUUUCAAAAUAUGCAAGAAUUAUAUUAGUGGGGGAGCUCUGGAGGGUUGGCUUUCCACUGCGUGGGUCUACACAGCCAUGACUGAUUAUCCAACACCAUCCAAUUUCUUAAAUCCCAUGCCAGCCUAUCCGGUGAAACAGAUGUGCAAGGCGAUCGAUGAUCCAACGACUGGAAAUGAUACGUUUGCGAAGUUGUACGGUGCGGCUAAUGUUUACUAUAACUACACUGGAACCGCCACGUGUUUUGAUCUCGACGAUGAUUCUGAUACUCACGGACUCGGUGGAUGGGGCUGGCAGGCAUGCACGGAGAUGAUACUUGUAACAGGAGGCAGCGAUGAGGAAAGCAUAUUUCCGCCUUCCGACUGGAGCUACGAUGCUAGGGCGAGUUCCUGCAAAUUUUCCUUUGGUGUUGAGCCUCGACCCGAUUGGAUUCCUACAGAGUUUGGUGGCCAUAAUAUUAAGAGAGUGUUGAAAAGGUUUGGAAGUAAUAUAAUCUUCUUUAAUGGCUUAAGAGACCCUUGGAGUGGUGGGGGGGUGCUAAGUGGUAUAUCCAAGAGCAUAGUUGCCAUAGUAGCAGAAAAAGGGGCUCAUCAUGUAGACUUGAGAUUUGCAACUAGUGAAGAUCCAAAAUGGCUUCAACAAGUGAGGAAAAGAGAGGUGAAGAUCAUUGCUAAAUGGCUCUCAGAGUAUUACCAUGACUUGGCCCAUACUUAAUUCUAAACAUCACAUAAACACCCAGUGAGAAGAAUGCUAUAAUCAUCUUCCCCCAAAAAAAAAAAAAAAAAAAAAAUCUCAAAUUAGUUGAAA